AAACCCAUGGAUUAUUUUCUCUUUCAGGUCAUGGUGGAUGUAAUGAUGAGCACGUGAAGAACAAUACAACACUGAUCUGCAUAAAAUACGGUGAGCAGCAUUUAUUUAACCAACACCCAUGACAUAUUAAUGUUUUCAAAUGAACGCGCCAAACAACACUGCCCGUCCAUAUAGGCCUAAGCGUACCAUUUUUUAUUUAUUCUCAAAAAUAGUUUUUAAUAGGGCCUUAAAAAAGAAAAAAAGAAAACGAUUAUCUAGAUUGUGAAUGGCAAACUUUUAACUCAAUUCGCCAGUUUAGCAUUUUCAGUUUCCCUUGCAAUUGUAGGCCUAUAGCCUAGCCAACCAGAGGCUCGUUUAAAACAUGCACUUAGUCCUUUUAUACGUUGAAGAAGGUUCAUCAUGUUGACAUGCAAGAAUGCAGAGUAAGUCCAGAUGCAACAGAACAUCAUCUCUUUGUUUAAGCAGAACAUAUAAACCUAAUUAGGGAACAUAUCCACGUACACUACUAUAUAGUUGGUUAUGAAAGAUAGCUAGGUUACCCACUGGGCACAUACUGGUUGUUUCCACAUCAUGUCAAUGAAAUUACGUUGAACCAAUGUCGAAUAGAUGUUGAAUUGACGACUGUGUCCAGUGGGCACAUCAUUCAGAAUUAACAUUUAAAAUCAAAACAGAAUUCUACCGGUCAUCCCAUCACCUCCUCAAUACGAAUUUCAAACAGGAAUACGUCCACCUUUGCGUCAACGGCGAUGGUCCCUUUUAUAAACCAAAUGAUUCCUUUAUUUUCUGCGGUUUCAAACGUGCGUUUGCGAGAGCGUAGUUGCAGCAAUGUAGAAUGUAGAGGCUUGAUUUACACAAACGGCCUCUGUAUUAUUGCUGCAGAACUUCCGGAGUAUGGAAUUCUUUAGCUUGUCUUCCUCCUACGCUUCGAGUUUUACACUUCUGUGGGUGGCAAGUCUUGGUGAGUGUUUUUCUUUUCGUUCCUCUCUAAGGCGUUUACGACCAUAACAUUUGCACUUAUACCCUUUGCUGCGGUCCACCAUGACAGGUGCAUUGAUAUGCACGGCGCGGACAUGCAGGCUGCUUACAGUAUCAGUUCGCCUCCAUUCAUACCUUGGCCAUUCAGUGUGUUACUUAUUUCAAGCCUAGAAUUCCAAAUUGUUUCCAAAAGUAGCACGAUAUGUUGAAUAGAAUACAAUAUGUUUGUAUCCUAGUUUAGGCUCUGGUAGAUGAUUGCUAACUAUAAACUAAAUAUAGGCUUACUGAUUGCAGACUACGUCAGGGUGCCUGAAUUUAGGAGCAUUUGUUAUACACGUACAUCAUUAGCAUAUAGGGAACUCACCCAUUCCGACCACCCCAAUAUGUCGGUGAGAAAACAGGGAGAGAGGAAGUCACUUAAUUUAGCAUCAUAACCCCCCUUAGGACACAUGCAUCGUGAUAAUAUUUUCGAAAAUAAUGUAAUGGUUUAUUAAUUGCUAUUUGAAUAAGGUUACCUCUGAAGUGGCAUUAAAAAUAGAAAAGUCAUGAGUGUGAGAUGUUACCAACAAAUAAACAAAACAUAUGAACGAGAUUCAUAUGUUAAAAAAAAAAGAUUUAUUUUAUAAAUGUGAUUUUGAAAUAAAUGGUGAAUUCUACAUCGAGAGCAGUUCUGGAACAUGCUGGUAUGUUAAACAAUAAGAGCUGAUGGUGGUUUGUGGGGUAUUGUGAUUGGGAACAGAAAGGGAUAUUGUGUGAGCCACCAUGCUGAUUCAGCUCCUUUUCUCAAGUAAUUCAAGAAGAAAAUCUUUUGAUCUUUUGGCACAAGUUAAACUUUAACUAGUUUGUGCCAAACAUGCCAAAUGGUUCGAAAGUGAGAGGUUGAGAGGGGCUAUUGAUGAUUUGAUAGUUCAGGAAAGCAAAGUUUGGAGAGUGAAGAAAUAAAUAUUACAAAACAGCAUUUUGGUAGUUUUUCAGUUUCAUAAACGAGCACACGAACAAAAAUACUUGUAUUUGUUUGUAAUAUUCCAUGGAGUUAUAUUGAAACAAAUGCAAAAAAUAAAAAAUAAAACAGACUUCAGGAAUAUAAUGAAAAUGAUCAAUAGGUUAUUGAUGAAAGGUUAUUUUUCAACUCAGAGUAUAGUGUAUACUCAGUCAUGAUUGAGUAUUGGUUUACUACAUGUUCAAUUCAUAUUGCCUGCAUAAUGAGCAUAACAACUGUUCUCUUCCUAGGUCAAAGAACACUGACGCGGUGGGAAACACCAAUCACGUGAUAGAAGAACACCCAUACCAUUGGAUAGGGCUGCGUUGGGCCUUCUUGGUUUGAAUCCUCACAAUGCAGAAAGCUACUUUCUACGAUAAUUCUGGAGUCUUUGGAAGUUACUCAUACCCCAAAUCCGAGUCAUAUAGUUAUGGCCCCAGUCAUCAGCCCUACCCCACCUCUAACCUUGAGAGUGAUUAUCAGGGUCCAGUUUGUCCAAUACAAACCCCAACUGUACGGCCACUAAAUCAUAAAGACAGUAACAUGAAUGGCAACUGCACGAGACCCAGUAGCAGCCAAGGAAACAGCCAACAGCCGAAUAUUGGUGAACAGCCGCAAGCACCUCCAUUGUCGGCAUCUUCGCCUAACUCCAGCAACACUUCAUCUCAGAAGAAGAAAUCUCCCUCAAACAAUGCUUCUAAUACUGCCACCCCAGUCACUAACAAACAAAUAUUCCCAUGGAUGAAGGAGACGCGAUCGAACGCCAAACAGAAAAGCAACAACAACAACAAUUGCUCAACCGCAGAAGGUACAGUGUGUGUGCGUGUGUUUUAGCAUGAUUCGUCUGGACAUGGUGGUGCGUGCGUAUGCGUACGUAAAAAGGCAGGGGUCAUUUUAGCCAGCUAAGGAGGCCUAUGAGAAAUCAUUCAUAAUACACAAAGAGACUUAUGGUGUUUACUAUGUAUUUUCAGGUGAGUCCUGCGAUGAAAAAAGCCCACCUGGUCCAGCCGCCAAACGGGUCCGAACUGCCUACACCAGUGCACAACUUGUAGAACUUGAGAAGGAGUUCCAUUUCAACCGGUACCUGUGUCGUCCCCGACGAGUGGAGAUGGCUAAUUUAUUGAAUCUCACUGAGCGCCAAAUAAAGAUCUGGUUUCAAAACAGAAGGAUGAAAUACAAAAAGGACCAGAAGGCUAAGGGGAUAAUGCACUCUCCCAUCGGACACUCCCCGGACAGAAGCCCACCAUUAAGUGGCCCAAAUCACAUAGGAUAUUCUGUCAAUGUAAAUUGUCUCAGCUAUGACGCGCCGUCGCCCCCUUCAUUCGCCAAACCACAGCAAAACAUGUACGGCUUGGCUGCGUACACCGCACCAUUAGGUGGCUGCAUACCGCAACAGAAAAGGUAUCCGGGCUCCGAAUACGAGCACCACAGCAUGCAAGGCAAUGGUGGCUUUGCCAACGCUAAUUUGCAAAGCAGUCCGGUGUACGUUGGGGGACAUUUCGUUGAUUCCAUGCCAGCCUCGGGUCCCAUGUUCAACCUCGGCCAUCUCCCCCAUCCCUCAUCCGCCAGCGUGGACUACAGCUGUGCCGCUCAGAUUCCAGGCAACCACCACCACCAUGGACCCUGUGACCCCCAUCCCACAUAUACAGACCUCACCUCUCACCAUGCGUCUCAGGGAAGGAUUCAGGAAGCCUCUAAACUAACGCAUUUGUAAAAUGUGAGGAUUCCGUCUGUGUGCCCAAGUUCUGUUAGUCUCUUUUAUUACCUCACUAGUCUAAAGUCAUUUAUAUGAUUACACUAAAAGUGAAUAAUGUAUUACCCAGUGUUAUUAUUGAUAUUACGAUUAAUGCUAUUGUGUAAUAAUUAUUUUCUAAGAAUAGCUGCGGUCCAUUUUUCUUGACUGUUGACGAUGCGCAGGGGAGACCGUUUUGUCUGUUGUUCGUUUUCUGAAGUGCAAUGCGCAGAACGGGGACAGAACAUGUCGUAACAUUACUUGAAGGUAAGUCCUGUAAAUCUGACAGUAGUUACCCAUCUUUAUAGGGAUGGUUUUUAUAGAGAGAAAAAAAAAACUCUAAGGUGUCUGUUUGCUAUAUUUGAAGCGUCUUAUUUAUUUUUCCAAGAUUGUAUUGAAUUUAUCUCUUUUUCUGUAUGUAUUAUUUAAGGUUUUUUGUAUCACACAUUAUUUAUAAUUUACAUGUAUAACUGUUUAUAUGGACAUCUAGAAUUUAUGCAACAUAGUUGGGCAGACUUUGAGAUCAUAGCCCUUCAAUAGGAACACAUGUUUUGGGUGAAGACUAGUUCUAAGAUAUGGUUUCAGUGGCUGGUGGUUUUAGGUUGUUGUAGAACGAUCUCCUACGUGUACAUCUGGGAAUAUUGGGGCAUUUUUCAUGUGCCACUAUAAAAAACAAAGUUAGGCUACAUGUAGCCUAUCGAAAUACCGAAUAUUACAGAAAUUAAUCACACCAGCAUGUCAUUUGUUGUCAUUGCCAAUUUUCAUAUCACGUCCUUGUUAUUUCAUCAGUUGGACUGUCCAUGCAUACAUUUUAUGAAACGCUAAUGAUAUGAAAAUGUUAUAUUUUAAUGUGUUUAAC